AUGAAAUCAGACUCACAAAGCGGCUCAAGCGACAAGUCGCUGGCGCACGAACCCUCUUCGUUCGGCGCUGAACACCAAACAGAGGUGUUUCAAGACGCACCAGCCGGCGAUGGCCAGUCGUCACGUGGCCACGUGACGCGGCUGAUGAUGCGCAGGACUAAUUCCGGGACCGGCAACGAGGAGCUGGAACUGGACACAGACGUGCUCUCGCGGGUGGAAACGCUGGCACGCACACUCUCGAGCCAUCGCAUGCGCGACGGCCCCUUCCAGGUCGAUCCAGACAACUUCGACGCCAAACAGAUCAUCGGUAGUUUCGUACGGAGCAGCGAAGAGCAAGGCAUUCACCUCAGAAAGGCCGGUGUGGUGGCCGAGGAUUUCACCGUGGUGGGCAAGGACUGCUCGUCUGCGGAGGGCCAGACAUUCGAAGACAUUUUGCUUCUUCCCAGAACCAUUAUCCGCGGAAUUCGCGAGGCCAAGAACGGCAAGACCAGAGACAUUGUAAGAAACGGCAAUCUGCUUGCGAGGCCAGGUGAGAUGAUCCUGGUGCUUGGUAGACCCGGUGCCGGUUGUUCCUCGCUUCUCAAGACCAUUUGCGGUGAGACCUCCAAGUUCGAAGAGGUUCGCGGCUCCAUAACAUAUGACGGAAUUCCUCAGAAAGAGAUGAUGAAGAAAUACAAAUUUGACGUUGUCUACAAUGGUGAAAUUGACGUGCAUUUCCCGCAUUUAACCGUGCAGCAAACUUUAGACUUCGCGCUUUCGUGUACCACUCCAAAAGUUAGAGUCGAUGGCAUGUCCAGAUCUGAAUACAUCACCGCCAUGCGGGAAUUGUACGGUACAAUCUUUGGGUUGAGACACACUUACAACACCAAAGUCGGAAAUGACUUCGUGAGAGGUGUCUCUGGUGGUGAACGUAAACGUGUGUCCAUUGCCGAAGCACUUGCCGCUCGUGGUUCGAUUUACUGUUGGGAUAACGCAACCAGAGGUCUGGAUGCCUCAACUGCACUAGAGUUUGCGCAAGCCAUUAGGCUAAUGACCAACUUGCAAAAGUCUGUGGCCAUGGUAACCAUUUAUCAAGCCAGUGAAAAUAUAUACUGUUGUUUCGACAAAGUGACUAUCCUCUACGAGGGUAGACAGAUUUACUUUGGUGAAACCGAAGAUGCCAAGACUUAUUUUGAAAAGUUAGGUUACAGGUGCCCCGCCAGACAAUCUACACCUGAAUUUUUGACUGCUCUCACUGACCCAAGGGGUCUUCAUGAGUAUGUUCCAGGUUUCGAAAAUAAAGUUCCUAGAAGUGCUGACGAGUUCGAAAAAUGCUGGAUCGAGUCUCCAGAAUUUCAACAAAUGAAGAAAGACAUUCAAACUUACAAACAAGAGACCGAAGGUGAGAAAACCCAAGAGCUUUUUGACAAAUCACUUGCACAAGAGAAAUCAAAGUUCUCACGUUCCAAGUCUGCUUAUACUAUUUCUUUCAUGGAACAAGUAAAGCUUUGUACCCGCCGUGGUUUUCAGAGAAUUUAUGGUGAUAAGGCAUUUACGGUCACAAAUGUUAUCGCCUCUACUAUUCAAGGUCUGGUGACUGGUUCUUUAUACUACAACACUCCCUCCGGUGUCUCAGGCGCGUUCUCAAGAGGUGGUAUUUAUUACUUUUCCAUCUUGUAUGCCUCUUUAAUGGGGCUUGCGAAGAUCAGUUUGGAGAGCAGGUCAAUUAUGGAGAAACACAAGACCUAUUCCCUAUACCAUCCGGCCGCAGAAGCGUUUGCGAGUUCGGCAUCAGAAUUUCCUUUCAGAUUUCUCAGUCAAACAGUAUUCUACAUUCUCCUGUUUUUCCUCUCUGGUUUAACUAGAAAUGCAGGUAGAUUCUUUACCUCUUUUCUUUUCCUUAUCGUUUGUGCCGAAGCUAUCAAUGCUUUGUUUGAUAUGAUUACUGCCUUUAGUGCUUCUGUUUCACAAGCAAAUUCGAUUUGCGGUGUUACUCUAAUGGCCUUGAUCUUGUAUUCUACCUAUAUGAUUCAGCUGAAAGCCAUGCACCCCUGGUUUAAGUGGAUAUCCUAUGUGAUGCCCAUCAGAUACAGUUUUGAGAGUAUGUUAAACUCUGAAUUUCACGGUAGAGAGAUGGAUUGUUCUGGAAAUGUCAUUCCUUCAGGGCCCUCUUAUGCCAGUACUUCUACCAGUAAUCAAGUUUGUGCAUUUAUCGGUUCACGUCCAGGCCAAUCAUAUGUUCUGGGUGAUGACUAUCUCGAAGGAAAGUUCCAAUAUAAAUACAGUCACACCUGGAGAAAUCUGGGUUUCGUCUUUGCAUUUUUGGCUUUCUAUCUGUUUGCUAAAUGUGUCAUUACUGAGCUCAGACCACCAUCCUCAGGUGGGGGUGAUACCCUAGUGUUCAAAAAAGGUGCAAGAAGAUCAACACAUAAAUCAGACGAAGAAAACACAGAAAGCUCAGUAACUAUGUCUGAGGCCAAAAAGAAUCUAGAUUCUGGCAGCGGGGCUUCUUCGGAUGGUUCUGAUAUUUUCGAUACCUUGAAAAGUGAAGGUGUUUUUCUAUGGAAGGAUGUUUCUUACAUUAUCCCAUACAAAGGUACCACCCGUAAACUACUUGACGACGUCAGUGGUUACUGUGCUCCGGGUUCACUCACUGCUUUGAUGGGGGAAUCCGGUGCAGGUAAGACCACGCUGUUGAACACUUUGGCUCAGAGAAAUGUGGGAAUAAUAACUGGUGAUAUGCUUGUGAACGGGCAUCCAAUUGACGCUAGUUUUGAAAGACGCACAGGCUACGUUCAACAACAAGAUGUCCAUGUCAAAGAAAUGACUGUAAGAGAGAGCUUCCAAUUUGCUGCUAGAUUGCGCAGACCUCAGUCUGUUUCAGAGGCUGAAAAACUAGAAUACGUUGAAAAAAUCAUUGAAAUCUUGGGUAUGGGAGACUAUGCAGAUGCUCUUGUCGGUGAUGUAGGUUACGGACUAAAUGUUGAACAAAGGAAAAAAGUUUCGAUUGGUGUUGAAUUGGCUGCCAAACCGGAUCUCUUGUUGUUUUUGGAUGAGCCUACUUCUGGUUUAGAUUCUCAAUCGUCUUGGGCAAUUGUUCAAAUGCUAAGAAGAUUAGCAGAGGCAGGGCAGUCGAUUUUGUGUACUAUUCACCAGCCUUCAGCAACCUUGUUCGAGCAAUUUGAUAGACUAUUGCUACUAAAGAAGGGUGGCCAGACAGUGUAUUUUGGUCCAGUUGGAAAAAACUCGCAGGAUCUGCUGGAAUACUUCGAAGAAAAUGGCGCCAGGAAAUGUGAAAGAUCUGAAAACCCUGCUGAAUAUAUCUUAGAGGCCAUUGGUGCUGGUGCUACGGCGUCUGUAAAAGAAGACUGGCACGACAUUUGGAAUAGAUCGCGCCACUUUAAAAAAGCUAACGAAGAAAUUGAGGGCUACUUGAAUGAGUUCAAAGAAGGAGGCACCUCAAAUGACCAUGAUAGGACGAUUUCCAAAUAUGCUACCUCUUACUCUUAUCAAUUCAAGGUGGUCUAUGCUAGAACCUCAGCCAUCAUGUGGAGAGACGUGGAGUAUUUGAUGGCCAAAAUGAUGUUGCACUUCGGCGCUGGUCUGUUUAUUGGUUUCACCUUCUGGAACGUGGGGACCAGCUACACUGGGUUGCAGAAUACCAUGUUUGCCGCAUUUUUAGCCUUGAUUAUUUCAGCACCAGCUAUGAACCAGAUUCAAGCUCGUGCCAUCGCAUCUCGUGAACUAUUCGAAGUAAGGGAAUCUAAAUCAAAUACUUUCCAUUGGAUCUUCCUCUUAAUCACGCAAUAUUUGUGCGAACUGCCCUUCCAAUUAGUGUUUUCGACAAUUUUCUUCGUUGGGUUUUACUUUCCUUUGAAGGUUCAUUACGAGGCUAAAUUUGCUGGAAACUUCUAUUUGAAUUAUUGUAUCAUGUUCCAAAUGUAUUUUGUUGGUUUAGGUUUGAUGCUUCUUUAUGCCGCUCCUAAUCUGGCAUCGGCCGGUGUUAUGUUAAGUUUGUCUUUGUCAUUCUUGAUCUCCUUCUGUGGUGUCGUUCAGCCAGCUAGUCUCAUGCCCGGAUUCUGGACAUUUAUGUGGAAAGUUUCUCCCUACACUUACUUUGUACAGAAUACUGUUGGCAUAGUUCUCCAUGACAAACCUGUCAUCUGCUCGUCGGAUGAAAUGUCUUACCUCAAUCCACCAGCGGGACAGACUUGUGGAGAAUACAUGAAAGAUUUCCUAUCUACGGCUUCGGGCUAUAUUUACAACCCUGAUGCCACCGAAAAUUGUGGCUACUGCGUUUUCAAAGUCGGUGACGACUAUUUGAGCCAAAUUGGUGCCAGUUACAGCAACAUCUGGAGGAACUUCGGGUUUUACUGGGUUUACAUCAUCUUCAACAUAUUCGGCAUGAUCACACUUUACUACAUCUUCCAUGUCAGCUCUUUCUCUCUGAAGGAGACAAAACUGGGCAAAGCCAUUAUGGGAAGAUUAAAGAAAGAAUAG